UUGACAUGUCUCCUCCCACAGGCAAGGAAAACCGUCACCAACCUGUAAGCUUAGCGUUCAGUCUUUCGCCUCUUUCUUCGUCCUUCCCUCUUCACACUCUGCUGCUGAAAGCCAGAAGAGAAGAGAGAGAUCACGUACUCUUUGCUCCCGCUAGAAUGCGCUGUUCGUGAAUAACACUGAUACAGAAGCUUACAGCAAAGCUCCGCCAAUCCAAGGGCUGACGAUGGCUCACUGGAUCUCCUCCAAGCUCAAAGCCGCCGAAACCCUACUCCAACAGAUUGACCAGCAGGCUGCCGAAUCACUUCGUAAGAAUGAAAAACUGCUAUCGGAUGACCAAUUAGGUGCUGGAAAUUCGGAAAGAACCCUUGAAACUAAGCCAUUAAUUAAGGACCAGCUGAAGAAGAAAGGUCCAGAGAAUGUGGUCAGCCAGGAUACUACUCACAGUGAUAAACAUAAUUUAAAUGUUAUGAGUAGAAGUAAUAGUGAUGUUAAACGGGAUGAUGAAGCUCAGGGAUCACUGAAUGUGAGUUCAAAGUCAAAUAUGGGUAGUGGGCUUACGGAUAGUGAUUGGACAGAAUUACUGAGUGUGCCAGAUAAGAAGGGAGCGUCUGGGGGAAGGAGUCUGAGCCGAAGUAAUAGUCGAGUUUCAGGGGUUCGGGCUCUGAAGAAAGACGGGGUCAAGGUGGGAAAUUCUGGGCCAGGGUUGAAUCUUUCUGUGGUUAAUGGGAAGAGUGAAAAGAUUAGGAACGAUUUGAAGAGAGGAAAAUCAAAUGUUGGGUUGGAGAAUAAUACCAGUCCUGAUAGUGAUGAGAAGUCAAGUAAUGUCGGGGAUGCGACACCAAGAACUUCAAGCAUCCAGUCGCCAAGCAGUGGAGGUGAAAUGGAUCAAAGAGACAGUAAUUCAUCAAUUGUGAUUGGUUACACUAAUGUGACAAAUAUACGUAGAAUUGAGGGGGUGAAUGAUAUUGAAAACGGAGAGAAACUAAAUCCCGUAGAUGAGUCAGACCGUUCUUCAUUGAUGAUGCCGAUUUCUCAUGAAAGGGAGUUGGAUAUGAAGGUGGGGUUGAAUGAUAUUGAGAGGCUUAAGAGGGGAAUGAGCGGGAGCAACGAAUCAACAAUGAAUUCCCGGACUUCCAGUGCAAUGAAGAAGGUUUCUUCUUUAACAAGUCAUGGAGAGUCUAAUUCCGAGACAGAUGGAUCUUCAUCAUCGGACUCAGAGAGUGAAAGGGAAAGGGAAGAAAGGAGAAAGAGGAGGCAACAGAUUCUGGCAGAAAAAGCAGCUAGAAAAGCAGUUGAGGCAAUUAAAGAGCGCGAGAAUUUGGUUGCUAGAUUGGAGGGGGAGAAGCAGAGUUUGGAGAAAAUACUUGAAGAGCGAGCCAAACAGCAAGUACAAGAGGCUUCAGAACUACAGACAACAAUGAUGGAGACCAUGGAAGCAGUUGAACUAGAGAAGCAGAAACAUAAUGAUACUCGAAUGGAAGCCCUGGCACGAUUAUCGAAACUUGAGAGUGUAAAUGCUGAGCUUGCAAGGUCUCUAGCUCAUGUACAGAAGAAUCUUGAAGUAGAGGUUGAUCGUAUAGCCGAACUUCGCCUACAGAUUCAUAUGAAAGAAGCAAGUCAUGAAGAACUGAAAAGGAAAAUAUCAAGUGCACACCAAAAUGGUGGCCAAUUGCGAGCUUCAAAAGGUGUCGAAUUUGAACGGGAGAUGCUCGAGGCUGAAUAUUCCUUUAUUACUGAUAAAGUGAGAAGAGUACAAUACCAGGCCAAGACACUAGAAACAAGCAUCGAAACAACCCGAAGAGAACUAGAAGAUCCAACUGAGGUAGAGAUUGAGCUCAAGCGGAGGCUGAGUCAGUUGACUGACCAUUUGAUUCAGAAGCAAGCACAGGUUGAGGCGCUAACCUCAGAGAAGGCUCUGCUACUUCUUAGGAUCGAGGGAGUUUCAAGAUUGCUGGAUGAGAACAGGUCAACAAUUGAUUCCGCCGAUUUCCCCGGUACCUCAUCAACAAGCAAUGCAGAAUCAGGCAUAUGGCAACUCUCUAAUUCAAAGCUCAAGCCUUUAUGGAAAGAGAGAAUGCAAUCAGGGCAGCGACAUUUGGGAUCAUUUGUCCGACAGUUGGACUCAAUCUUCUGGACCGGUGCCGUGGUUCUUAGAAGAAAUUCGACAGCUAGGACUUGGUCUCUUGUCUACUUGGUAUGCCUUCAUCUCUGGGUAAUAUACAUUCUAAUGUCACAUUCUCCAGCCUCAGGUGAUAAUCGAUCUGGUGCCAUUAUCUCCCUGGAGAAUAUUAAUAACACGGGAGGCGUUUGAUAUUAAUGUCCUCCGUGUAUUUUUUUCAUUUAUUAGUAUCAUCUUAUAUUCAGAAGUGGCCUUCAUUGCUGGGUCUAGUUCAUUCAGUUUGCCGGAAGCCACAGAUAAACUUAAUGUAUAGAACAUGUUGAAUUAUUGAUGAAAUAUAGAGCAAUGUAUUGUACUGUUUGUAGUUCUGUGAGUUGACAUUUUCCCAUCAGGUGGGAGAAUUCGGAAGACCCAAUUUACAUUAAGUUUGAAUGACUAA